GGCGACCGUCGCCAGUGUAGAACAGUUACUUCAACUCACGCAAAGACUUCUGGGACUUUGGAGGACUGACUCGAGCGCUUUGAUUUCCGCAGUGCAGCGUGGGAUAGUGGAAGAAGUCAUCGAAACAGUCAUACAGAAAUGGACGUGUUUUUAAUGAUCAGACGUCACAAGACAACCAUCUUUACAGAUGCUAAGGAGUCUACCACAGUUUAUGAGCUAAAGCGAAUUGUGGAGGGCAUCCUAAAGCGAGCACCAGAGGAUCAAAGGCUCUACAAGGAUGACAUGUUGCUAGAAGAUAGUAAGACUCUUGGAGACUCUGGAUUCACAAAUCAGACAGCAAGGCCUCAGGCUCCUGCCACAGUAGGACUGGCUUUUCGCAUCAGUGAUGAUGCCUUUGAGCCACUAAGAAUAGAGGCUUUUUCCAGCCCCCCUGAGCUUCCUGAUGUUAUGAAGCCUCAAGACUCGGGCAGCACUGCCAACGAACAAGCCGUGCAGUGAAGAAAGAGAGGACGAUAACGGGUGGGGGGAGGGGGGAAGCGGCAUGGGGUUUCGAGUUUCCAGAACAGCGUACAAGCAAAAAGUGUGUUAUAAGACGGUGUAUUGAGUCACGAAGGAUGGGGAAGCAUGAGUGAGAGUGAUCCUGUGUGAUAUUGUAACUUUGCUGAGAUUUUGAAUUGCUCUCCCCGUUACCCCUCACUCCCCAUCUAGCACUAGCAGCUUACUCUCAGUGUAUUGUCGCAGUCCCUUCUGUCAUCGAGCUCAUCUGCAGGUUAAUCCACCAAUCACAACGCUCCUGUUGGCACAGGCACAUUGUGAUUUUGUUAUAAAGCGUUCCCCUCAUCGAUAAAUGAAUUAUUUGACGCCUGUAGUCACCUUUCAGAGAAGUGGUUAGAGAUCAUAUUUAAAAACGUGCUUCUUAUUUAAUUCAUGCAGAUGUUAUGUUUGGAGAGUUAAACGUUUAGUGCUUUUCGUGUCUUGAACUGUUAUGGCUGGGGUGAGUUUGUGUUAGUGGCUGUAAAGUUUCACAUAUGCCCAAUUUACUGGUUUCAUUUACAGUAUGCUGUUGUUUGCUAAUGAGUAUUGAUAUUAUAAUUAUUCUUAUUUAGACCAUUCAUAAUUUUACUAGAGUGCAAAGGCCACAGGCUGAACAGUUUUAUGUUACCAACUUACUAUAGUGUAAAUGCACUUGAAACUUACUGGAAAUCAGAAUGGGCAUGGAUGCCAUCAGGUUAUACCUGUACUUUAAUAUACAGCACAUGAUAAAGAUGAAUUCUGAUACACGGUGGUUUCAUUGUAAAUACAUUUUUCCACUCGCAUUGUUGCUUCUUAAAGUGUGUUGCCUCUCCUUUCAGUUUUGUGUUGGAGUUUGUGUCUGCUUGUUCCUUUUUUGAGUCUUUGUUUGGAAGCUUAAGUAUUAACAUGUAAUUCUCUGAUUUCGUAUUUCAAAUCAGAUAAGAGUGUAAUGCUAGUCAGCUUUUUCUUUGCGUGUGUGGCAUUUUAAAAUGGUGGAAAGUUUCAAGAAUAAACUGAAUGAUCAAUAAUAUUCAAGCCUUUUGGGCAAAGUGAAUGUCAAACUAAAAUGCUGACAUUAUGUUCAUCCCCAAACAAAUGCUCCUGAUGUUUUUGCCAAAAUUCUUUAUCCCGCAGUUAUGGCAGUGUUCCUUCGCAAUGCUCUUGGAAAAUGUAAGUUGCAAACAAACUGAAAAGAAAAUGAUGCCGCAGUAACUGCGUUCAAAUGAAAUUAAAAUCAGCCCUUUUCCACUCCUUGUCUAACA